GUCCCGGCCUCCACCAUGGUCCCGCCGAGCGCCCGGCUCGCCCGCGCCGCGCUCGCCCUCGCCCUGUGCCUGCAGCACCUCGCCAGCGCCAUCGAGGUGCCCCUCGACUCCAAUAUUCAGAGUGAAUUGCCACAGCCGCCCACCAUCACCAAGCAGUCGGUGAAGGACUACAUUGUGGACCCCCGGGACAACAUCUUCAUCGACUGUGAAGCUAAAGGCAACCCCCUUCCCACGUUUUCAUGGACACGGAACGGGAAGUUCUUCAAUGUGGCCAAAGACCCCAAAGUCUCCAUGCGGCGGCGGUCAGGAACGUUGGUCAUCGACUUCCACAGCGGUGGCCGGCCGGAGGACUACGAGGGCGAGUACCAGUGCUUUGCACGCAACGAUUUUGGGACGGCGCUCUCCAGCAAAAUCCACCUCCAGGUUUCUAAGUCUCCCUUGUGGCCCAAGGAGAAGGUGGAUGUGAUAGAGGUGGAUGAAGGUGCUCCACUUAGCCUGCAGUGCAACCCUCCGCCCGGCCUGCCUUCUCCGGUCAUCUUCUGGAUGAGCAGCUCCAUGGAGCCAAUCCACCAAGACAAGCGCGUCUCCCAAGGCCAGAACGGCGACUUGUACUUCUCCAACGUCUUGCUGCAAGAUGCCCAGACGGACUACAGCUGUAACGCACGCUUCCACUUCACCCACACCAUCCAGCAGAAAAACCCGUACACCCUCAAGGUGAAAACCAAGAAACCCCAUAAUGAAACGUCCUUUCGAAAUCACACUGACAUGUACAGUGCCCGCGGGGUUUCGGAAACGACGCCCAGCUUCAUGUACCCGUACGGGACGUCGAGCAGCCAGAUGGUGCUCCGAGGGGUGGACCUGCUGCUGGAGUGCAUCGCCUCGGGCGUACCAGCACCCGACAUCAUGUGGUACAAGAAGGGAGGGGAGCUCCCAGCGGGCAAAACCAAGCUGGAGAACUUCAACAAGGCCCUUCGCAUCUCCAACGUCUCCGAGGAAGACUCCGGCGAGUACUUCUGCUUGGCGUCCAACAAGAUGGGCAGUAUCCGGCACACCAUCUCCGUGAGGGUGAAGGCUGCUCCGUAUUGGCUGGAUGAGCCACAGAACCUGAUUUUGGCCCCUGGAGAGGACGGCAGGCUGGUGUGUCGAGCCAAUGGGAACCCCAAGCCUAUGAUACAGUGGCUGGUGAAUGGUGAGCCCAUAGAAGCUUCUCCCCCCAACCCGAGCCGCGAAGUGGCUGGAGACACCAUAGUGUUUCGAGACACCCAGAUCGGCAGCAGUGCCGUGUACCAGUGCAACGCGUCCAACGAGCACGGCUACCUUCUCGCCAACGCCUUUGUCAGUGUCCUGGAUGUGCCCCCACGGAUAUUAGCACCUCGCAAUCAGCUGAUCAAAGUCAUUCAGUACAACAGGACCCGUCUCGACUGCCCCUUCUUUGGCUCCCCGAUCCCCACGCUUAGAUGGUUUAAGAACGGCCAGGGGAACACUCUCGAUGGAGGAAACUACAAGGCGCACGAAAACGGGAGCCUGGAGAUGAACAUGGCUCGGAAGGAGGACCAGGGCAUCUACACCUGCGUUGCCACCAACAUCCUGGGUAAAGCAGAGGCCCAGGUUCGCUUGGAGGUCAAAGAUCCCACGAGGAUUGUGAGAGGACCAGAAGAUCAAGUGGUGAAGAGGGGCUCCAUGCCUCGCCUGCACUGCCGCGUGAAGCAUGACCCUACGUUGAAGCUCACGGUCACCUGGCUCAAAGAUGAUGCUCCGCUUUAUAUUGGAAACAGGAUGAAGAAAGAAGAUGAUGGGCUGACAAUAUAUGGCGUGGCUGAAAGGGACCAAGGCGACUACACCUGCGUAGCUAGUACUGAGCUGGACAAGGAUUCUGCUAAAGCUUACCUGACUGUUCUAGCAAUCCCUGCUAACCGUUUGAGAGACUUACCGAAAGAACGACCCGACCGGCCCCGUGACUUGGAGCUGACGGAUCUGGCCGAAAGGAGCGUGCGGUUGACGUGGAUACCUGGCGAUGACAACAACAGCCCCAUCACAGACUACAUCGUUCAGUUUGAGGAGGACCGGUACCAACCUGGCACCUGGCAUAACCACUCCAGCUACCCCGGGAGCGUGAACUCGGCUGUCCUGAGCCUCUCUCCUUACGUCAACUACCAGUUUCGGGUGAUUGCUGUGAACGACGUGGGCAGCAGCCUGCCCAGCAUGCCCUCGGAACGGUACCAGACCAACGGCGCCCGCCCUGAAAUUAACCCAACGGGAGUCCAAGGAGCAGGGACCCAACGGAACAACAUGGAGAUAACGUGGACGCCCCUGAAUGCAACUCAAGCUUAUGGGCCCAACCUCAGGUAUAUCGUGCGAUGGAGGCGAAGGGACCCCCGAGGGAGCUGGCACAACGAGACGGUGAAGACCCCGCGGCACGUUGUGUGGAACACCCCCAUCUACGUCCCCUACGAGAUCAAAGUGCAGGCAGAGAAUGACUUUGGCAGAGCACCAGAGCCUGACACUGUGAUCGGCUACUCGGGGGAAGAUUAUCCCAAGGCCGCUCCGACGGACGUCCGGAUCAGGGUUUUGAACAGUACGGCCAUAGCGCUCACGUGGACCCGCGUGCACCUGGACACCAUCCAGGGGCAGCUGAAGGAAUACCGAGCCUAUUUCUGGAGAGAAAGCAGUUUGCUGAAGAACCUGUGGGUCUCCAAAAAACGGCAGUAUGUGAGUUUUCCCGGAGACCGAAACCGGGGCAUAGUGUCCCGGCUGUUUCCUUACAGCAACUACAAGCUUGAGAUGGUUGUAAGCAACGGCAGAGGAGAUGGGCCCCGCAGCGAAGUGAAGGAGUUCCCCAUGCCAGAAGGAGUGCCCAGCUCCCCCAGGUAUUUAAGGAUCCGACAGCCCAAUCUGGAAACCAUCAAUCUGGAGUGGGAUCACCCAGAGCAUCCCAACGGCGUGCUCACAGGAUACAACCUUCGCUACCAAGCCUUUAACGGGUCCAAAACGGGCAGGACGCUGGUGGAGAACCUCUCUCCCAACCAGACACGGUUCACGCUGCAGAGGACGGACCCCAUCUCGCGCUACCGCUUCUUCCUGCGCGCCAGGACCCAGGUGGGAGAUGGAGAAACCCUCGUGGAGGAGUCGCCGGCCCUGCUCAACGAAGCGACACCGACCCCAGCUGCAUCGGCGUUGCCUCCGACCGCCGCGAGCCCGAGCAGCCCUGCAAGCGCCACCGCUAUCGCCGCCACUACAGCCGCCACAAGCACCACCAUCGCCACCACUACAGCCGCCACUACUACCACUACUACUACUACUACUACUGCUAUUGCUACUACUGCUGCUACUCCCGUGGCCACCACUGUGCCCGCCACCACCGUCGCCACCACCACAGUCACAGCAGAGCGGGCGGCAGCCACCACCAAGCAGGAGCUGGCCACCAAUGGAUCGUCCAUAUGGGACAUAAGAGCUUUGGCUAAUAGUAACUGGGCAAACAUCACCUGGAGCCACAAUUACUCUGCAGGAACUGACUUUGUGGUUAAGUAUAUCACCAGUAACAAGACCGAGAGAUCUAUCCCGGUUAAAGCCCAGACCCCUUCCUCGGUGCAGCUGGCUAACCUGACGCCGGGCAUGAUGUACAAGCUGUGGGUGUUCCCCAUAUGGUCUAGCCCCAGCGAGCACUCUUACAUUACCUUUACGACGAGCUCAGCUUACACCAAGAACCAGGUGGACAUCGCAACCCAAGGCUGGUUCAUCGGGCUGAUGUGUGCCAUAGCCCUCCUGGUUCUCAUCCUCCUCAUCGUCUGCUUCAUUAAGAGAAGCAGAGGCGGAAAAUACCCAGUGCGAGAUAACAAGGACGAGCACCUCAAUCCCGAGGACAAGAACGUGGAAGAUGGGUCGUUCGACUACAGGUCUCUUGAAAGCGACGAGGACAACAAGCCGCUGCCCAACAGCCAGACCUCCUUGGACGGCACCAUCAAGCAGCAGGAGAGCGACGACAGUCUGGUGGACUACGGCGAGGGGGGCGAGGGGCAGUUUAACGAGGACGGCUCCUUCAUCGGCCAGUACACGGUGAAGAAGGACAAGGAGGAGACGGAAGGCAACGAGAGCUCGGAAGCCACCUCCCCAGUCAACGCCAUCUACUCGUUGGCAUAGCGCGACCUAUAGAUAUAUAUGUCUAUGCGAACCCACUGCGCGACCUGAGAGAGAUGCAGUGGAUGGGGGCGAAACAGCAGCCGCCGCCGCUGCCUCCUAUGGAAACGCGCGAGCGAGACAAACCAAUAAUGACAA